AGUGAACUCUUCCGAACCCUCCCGCCUGUGUUCGUGAUUUGGACUGUUCCUAAUCUUUCCGCGGAGUGAGAACCAAGACAUUAUAGAGGCUGGAUGUGUUGAUAUGUUUAUAGUUAAUAUUUCAUAGUUAAAUUAGUUAGAAGUGGCCCGUUUAAGGAUUGUGUGGAUAUAUGUGUGCGUGCAACUAAUCAACCACACACAUCUUUGCACAAUAAAUCACCCUGAAGUACAUUCCUGGUGUGAGACCUAAUGUUCUGACCGGACACCCUGUAGCCGUUCUAUAAAUCCGAACCUGAGUUAGACAAGAGUAGUCAGCAGUUUUUUCAUGGUCCUUCGAGCCGGAUUUGUGGAUUGCUACAGACAUGUCUCAACCAGAAAGAGAAGCCCCUGCUGUGCGGCCGAGGAGACGAGUUAACCCUCCAGCCUACUUAGAAGACUUUGAGCUCAGUGGACCUGGGUCUCAUCAACAGCAAUCACGGUCACUUACCUGCCAGGGAGUACUGGAGAAUGAACCAAGUGUUACAGGUCAUUCUAGAUCCACUUCACCAGUGAGCCAAGCAUCAGAACAUUCUGAGUGGAUACUGACUGACCAAUGGGACUACACUUCUGAGAAGCUGAGAGAGGAGAAUGCAGCAUUGCAAAGGCAAGUGAAACAGCUGCCAGAGCUUACAGCCAUGUUAGAGAAGAUGAAGAGGGAGAACGCAGCCUUGCAACGACAAUCCAGCCAACUCCCUGAGAUCAUUUCAGCAUUCCAAGAGAUGCGUCAACAGAAUGCUGCAUUAUGGCAUGAGCUUCAAAGCUUGAAAUCGAAGCAGAGCUCUCCACCCGAGUCGGUCACUCCACAGAUGCCAUCACCACGCUCUCACUCUCCAGCAGUUAACUUUCAGACUCCACAGCCAUACCGCCCAAUACCAGCUCCACGCUCUAGGUUGCCACCAUCUGCCACUAAGAGACUGCCACACCCAGCUGUGCCAGAGGAAAGCUCAGAGUUUACUGAAGAUCUGAGAAACAUGAACAUUUCUUCCUCCCCUCGUGAGAGACCCUCCUUUACAGCACAUUAUAGUGACUCAGCUCAGUUCAGGUAUCCCAACACUUCCCCAUAUUCCCAGCCACCUCAGCUGCCUGAGUCCGUGGUCCCAUCACAGGAAAGGAGGAGGUCAGCCCAUGCAGAAUACAGCUCAGAUCAUGUCUUACCCUCAAGUACCCAAGAGAAAAUCUACAGAGGACCAGCCCCUACCAUCCCCUGCCUAACGUCUUCUGAUCCUAGGGAGUUUUCAAGACUGAGAAUUGCAUUAGAGAAUAUCCUGCCUGAAGAUGCCACCGAACGUUUCAAAUUUCAAAUCCUCACAGACCAUCUGAAACUGGAGGAGGCCCUCCUUGUGGCAGACUCUUACAGCAAUUCCAGAUUUCCCUUCACCAACACUAUGAAAGCUCUGGAUAAGAUGUAUGGUCAACCCCACCAAUUAGCACUGCAACAAAUCUCUGAGCUGAUGGAUGGAGCUAAUAUACGCAGUGGAGAUGUAAAGGCCUUCAGGAUGUUCGGACUAUCAAGUUUCAAGCGGUACACCCACCCUUUGCAAGUCUCUAUUCCUACUUUGCUGGACUUCGCUGAUUGGUUGGAAUAUGAGCUUCAAGUACAGGAAGACAAUAGCCAGUAUGCUUGUUAUACAAGGCAGGAAUCUUCAGUGCGUGGCCGAGAGGUGAGAAGAGAGUCUAAGCAGCUUCGCAGACCAACUACCAUUCUACUUGGUACCGACAAGUCAUAUUCAUCAUCAAUGUCGUCAGCCACGUCUAAACCAGCUUCAGUCAGAGAAGAGAAGGUGAGAGCUUAUUGUCCAUACUGUGAUAAUAAUAAACACUAUCUGAAUGGCUGUGACAACUUCAAGCUUCUUAGCAAAGACCUGAAAAUAGACUGGAUAAAGACAAAGAACCGAUGCUGGCGUUGUGGUCGUGGACAUCAAGCAGCUAACUGCACACUAAAGACUUUCUGCCCAACCUGCAACAAGAAGCACCUUAUGGUACUACAUGAUGUCAAUGACCAGGUCAAGCCAUCUCAGCCAAGUGCAGCUCCUUCCAGUGCAGUUUUAUAUGUUGACCGACCAACCUCCGGAAGUAAAGUACUGCUCAAAGUGACUAAGGUUCUGAUCAAGAAUGGCAACGUGGCAAUGGAAGCUUACGCCAUAUUAGAUGAUGGAUCUGAGCGGACCAUCAUUCUGCAUGAUGCAGUGCAGAAAUUAAGACUUGUGGGGGAGCCAGAGGACCUUGUACUUCGUACAGUAAGACAGGAUACCCAGGUCAUUCACGGGGCGGCAGUGACUUUUACUGUGUCCCAAACUGUUAACCCCAGGAAAGCUUACAAGAUCCGUAAUGCCUUCACAGCCAAAGCACUCGGUCUGGCAGAACAUACACACCCAGUUAGUGUCCUGCAACAGAAAUUUAAGCAUCUUGCAGGGUUACCUCUACAAUAG